CUCCCAGCCGCUCUAUGCUGACUGGGUCAUCAUCUCCUUGAUGAUCGACCUUUUCAAUCCAUUUUCACUUGUUAACAUCUAGGGUUUUGAAUUACUGUCCAAAUUUGUGCUUACAAUUUCUUUGAUAAAGUUAUACUCCGUAUUUAUUUGUAAUUAUACUUUAUUGAUCAAUUGUAUAAUACAUUUGAGAAAAUUUUUUUGUGAGUUGGAGAAAUUCUCGAAAGAGAUGGAGCUUACAUCAGAGCCUUCAUCAUGCUCUUGCCUCUGCGGCCAGCGGUUUCCGCCGGGGUUCAGGUUCCAACCUACGGACGAGGAACUGGCCGUAUACUACUUGAAGAGAAAGAUCUGCCGCCGGCCAAUCAUGCUCGACGUCAUAGGCGAGACUGACGUAUACAAGCGGGAGCCAGAAGAACUUCCUGAGUUGUCAAAGUUGAAGACUGGUGAUAGGCAGUGGUUCUUCUUUAGCCCCAGAGAUCGGAGGUAUCCGAAUGGAGCCAGGUCAAACAGAGCAACUAAGCAGGGGUUUUGGAAAGUAACGGGAAGGGAUCGCAUAAUUACGUCCAAUUCUCGUAAUGUUGGUGUUAAGAAGACCCUGGUCUUUCAUAAAGGUCGGACACCUAAAGGUCGGACACCUACUACUAAACCUGAUCGUACUGAUUGGGUGAUGUAUGAGUAUACAAUGGAUGAAGAGGAGCUAAAAAGGUGUCCUGCACAAGACUACUAUGCACUAUGUAGAAUCUUUAAGAAGAGUGGGAUAGGCCCCAAGAACGGGGAGCAAUAUGGUGCACCUUUUAGGGAGGAGGAUUGGCCUGAUGAUGACUGCUUGACUGUUAACCCCCUUGUUGAGCAAGAAAAAUAUACAAAUCAGGUCAAUGAUGUUGGUAAUGUUGAAAGUCCAAUACCUAAUGAUUUCGGAAUCCCUUUAUUUAAUAUUGAAGAACUCCAUCCUACCAUACCACACAAUGUGCAAGCAAACUUUGAUGCGACACAGUGUAGCACUUCGCAGCCACAAUUGCCAGAGGCUCCUGAGUUCAGAUCUGCUCCAGUGUAUAAUGGGUUGAAUCCUCAAAUGUUGGAGGAGGAUUACCUGGAAGCUUUUCUGGAGGUGGAUGACCUUGGUGGUGCAGAACCCAGCAUUAAUAACUUUAAUAAGCCAGGGAAAUUUAUGGAAAUUCAGCAAUACGGAUAUGAUAUGGGAACAAGAGAGGCAAGACACCCCAAUCAACCAUAUGUAAACAGUGCUGAAAAUGGCAUGGUAAACCCUGUCUCUACUUAUUUCAGUGAUAAUCAUGAAACCAUGAACAGCCAGCAGUUGUUUUUGAACGAGGACAAUGAAGGCAGCAAUCAACUGUGGUCUCCUGAUCAAAGGUGGAACAAUGUGCAAGCAAACUUUGAUGUGACACAGUGUAGCACUUCGCAACCACAAUUACCAGAGGCUCCUGAGUUCAGAUCUGCUCCAGUCUAUAAUGGGUUGAAUCCUCAAAUGUUGGAGGAGGAUUACCUGGAAGAUUUUCUGGAGGUGGAUGACCUUGCUGGUGCAGAACCCAGCAUUAAUAACUUUAAUAAGCCAGGGGAAAUUAUGGAAAUUCAGCAAUACGGAUAUGAUAUGGGAACAAGAGAGGCAAGACAUCCCAAUCAACCAUAUGUAAACAGUGCUGAAAAUGGCAUGGUAAACCCUGUCUCUACUUAUUUCAGUGAUAAUCAUGAAACCAUGAACAGCCAGCAGUUGUUUUUGAACGAGGACAAUGAAGGCAGCAAUCAACUGUGGUCUCCUGAUCAAAGGUGGAACAAUGUGCAAGCAAACUUUGAUGUGACACAGUGUAGCACUUCGCAACCACAAUUACCAGAGGCUCCUGAGUUCAGAUCUGCUCCAGUCUAUAAUGGGUUGAAUCCUCAAAUGUUGGAGGAGGAUUACCUGGAAGAUUUUCUGGAGGUGGAUGACCUUGCUGGUGCAGAACCCAGCAUUAAUAACUUUAAUAAGCCAGGGGAAAUUAUGGAAAUUCAGCAAUACGGAUAUGAUAUGGGAACAAGAGAGGCAAGACAUCCCAAUCAACCAUAUGUAAACAGUGCUGAAAAUGGCAUGGUAAACCCUGUCUCUACUUAUUUCAGUGAUAAUCAUGAAACCAUGAACAGCCAGCAGUUGUAUUUGAACGAGGACAAUGAAGGCAGCAACCGACUGUGGUCUCCUGAUCAAAGGUGCAACAUCGCGACCCCAGCUGAAGCAAAUCAUGAGGUCUUCCAUCCAGCAACUUUAGGUGUAGUUUAUGAUAGUCAUUCCUUGAAUGAUCAUCCUAAGGGGACAAAUUCAAAUCAAAUCACCAGAGAGGAUGGUGCCACAAACUCGAGGUUCUCUUCUGCUCUAUGGGGCAGUCUGGAAUCAAUACCAGCCACUCCUGCUUCAGCUGCCGAAAGUCCUCCUGCUGAUUUGGCAUUUGAGCAAACGUCUAGAAGAUCAAGGGUAAUUGCCAGAAACAUGAAUAAUGCAUCAAGAGUAAUUGCCAGAAACAUGAAUAAUGCAUCAGAUAAUACUUCGAGAAAUUCAGGCAAAUCAAUGAGUGGCUUUUUAUGUGUAUUCGUACUAGGAGUGUUGUGUGCUGCUAUGUUAUGGGUAUUGCUAGGAACUUCGUCAUUGACAUAUGGGGGAUGUUCCUUCCUGAAUUUAUAAAUUGGAAAAUUCUGUUAUGCUUUGGCAGCUUGGUGAAAUCAAUGGCAACUAGAAGGAAAAAUGGAUACACACCCAGUAUUGAUUGGAAAACCCCCACAAAUCCUGCGUAUAAAUGUAUACUAGGUAUUAGAAAAGAGUCCUUAAUCAAUCUGCACGUAGACAUUUGCGUUUCAAUGGAUCAUGUAGUAAGAUGAAUUUUUUAUACAAAUUUAUUUUUAAUAUA